AUGGGCUGGCGGCCCCGAUCACCGAGUGCUGCACCAUCCUCCACCAGCUCCAGCAUUGCGCGCGCCUCUCCGGCGCCAGCCCCGGCGCGGUCAGCCCGUAAGACAGCAGGUCCCUCCGGACUUGGUCUAGGACUUGGUCGAAAGCCUGCCCGCCGUCACCGUAAAAUCCUCAAGGAAAACAUUCAAGGAGUCACCAAACCCGCCAUCCGUCGCUUAGCCCGUCGAGGAGGUGUCAAACGUAUCUCGGGCGAUAUCUACGACCCCAUACGCCAGAGUUUGAAAGAUUAUCUCACAAAGGCCCUAGAAAAAAUCAUCGCCAUCACAGAAUAUCGCAAUGCGAAAACUGUGACUGCUCUCGAUGUUGUUUUUGGUUUGAGGCAGAUUGGUCAGACGUUGUAUGGCUUUGGUGUCGGUAAUUCUAAGUGA